AUGGUUAGUCAUGGUAAAACCGGCGGCUCAAAGGGUCGUUCGCCAACACCGACACCCAAUCGUGAUAAUGGAGGUGGAGCAGUUGGCGGCGGCGGUGGCGGUGGAGGUGGAACCGGUGCACAAACAGCAACAGCCGGCAACAACCUUGCCAGAUCCACUCUGCAUGCGAACAAAACCAUAUUGAAAACAGUUUCCGUAUUCCUUGCUAGCGGCAAACGUAACUCGAACAACCAGUCGAAGACCGCCGCGACUGCCCUGCAGAACAAACGGCAACUGCGGCAAAGGAAAAUGGAAGAGCUCAGUGGCAAAAUCAAUCCCAAGCUACUGGACAAUUUGCGUAAAAAGACGCGUUUUACCAAGGAUGAGUUAGAUGCCCUUUGUCGCAUCUAUCGUAAAUUGGUAUCCAAUUGUCAAUAUGCGGCCAAAACGUUGGCCUCCAGCUCAUCGAGUGCUGCCAUUGCCAAGCCCCAUGCAGCUGUCGAGGGCAUCGAUCGCAUUGUAUUCCGUGAACUAUUGCAUAGCACUUUUGAUAUUGUUACCGAGGAGAUACUAAUGGAACGGAUAUUCUGCAGCUGGGACAAGGCCCAUGAGGGUUUGCCGCUGCGUUUGGAGGGCUGGCUAAUUGGUCUAUCCACGUUUUUGCGUGGCACCGCCACAGAACGGGCUGCAUUUUGUUUUCGGGUAUAUGAUUUGAACACCGAUGGAUUCAUUACCAAGGAUGAGAUGUUUACAUUGCUGCGCAAUUGUCUGAUUAAGCAGCCGCAGGACGAAGAUCCCGAUGAGGGUGUCAAGGAUUUAGUGGAAAUUGUCUUGAAGAAAUUCGACAUAGACAAAGAUGGCAAGGUUUCAUUGGAGGAUUUCAUGGCCACUGUGACGGCUGAACCAUUGCUCAUUGAGGCAUUCGGACAGUGCCUGCCCACAGAUAGUGCUGUCGUCUCAUUUUUCUCUACGCUCCAAGUUUAAUUUAAGUCAUCUAGUUGUUUUUCUAACUUCAAGUUGGA